AUGACUACAUCUACAAGAUCAGUUGGUGUAACAUUGAAGCCAAUAGAAGUGCCGAAACCUUUGCAGGAAGGCGAAAAAUUCAUUAAGUGGGAUGAGGAUUCUGGAAUCGGAUUGCCAGUUACCCUGCGGGUGGAUCCAAAUGGUUUCUUUCUGUACUGGACAGAUCAGAACAUGGAGGUGGAAAUGCUGGACAUUGCCACUAUCAGAGAUGUCCGCACUGGAGGGAAUGCUAAGUUACCAAAGGAUCCGAAGAUACGGAACGUGGUUCUCAUCGGGUCGCAGGGAUCGCUCGAAGAUAAAACGGUCACGGUGUGUCACGGCGCCGACUUCGUCAAUGUCACCUUCGUUAAUUUCUGCUGCACGAGGAAGGAGAUUGCACAGUUGUGGACGGAAGAGCUAUUCAGCCUUGCAUACAACCUGAACCAAUACAACAAUCCGACCAUCAAGUUCUUGGAGAAGCUACACACGAAGAUCGUCCUGAAAGCGGACAAGUCCGGCAAGAUACUUGUCAAGAACAUCGUGCGCCUCUUCGCCCAAAAUAAGGAAGACAAGAAGAGAGUAGAAAAAGCGCUGAGCGAGUCGGGCCUUCCGACUGGGAAAAACGACACCAUAUGCCAGUCCAAGUUUCAGUUUGAGGAUUUCUUUGGGUUCUAUAAGAGCUUAACUCAGCGCACCGAGGUCUUGAAGAUAUUUAAUAAGCUCACCGAUGGAAAGCCCCACCUCUCGGCCACGCAGCUAGUGGACUUCCUCAACGAGGUCCAGAGAGACCCUCGCCUCAACGAGAUCCUUCACCCGUAUGCUGACAUGCAGCGGGCUAACGACCUAAUCAGGACUUACGAGCACAACAAGUACCAUCAGCAGCGGUCGCAACUCACUUUCGAUGGCUUCUUGAGGUUCCUCAUGUCUGAAGACAAUCCAAUAGUGGCGCCUAACAAACUGGACCUAUGCGAAGACAUGGAUCAGCCGUUGGCCCACUACUUCAUCAACAGCUCGCACAACACCUACCUGACUGGCCACCAGCUCACCGGCAAGUCCAGCGUUGAAAUAUACAGGCAGUGCUUGCUGGCCGGAUGCAGGUGUGUCGAGUUAGACUUCUGGAACGGGCGGACAGACGAACCAGUAAUCGUCCACGGCUACACCAUAGUGCCGCAAAUCAACGCUCGCGAAGUGCUGGAAGCGAUCGCCGAGAGCGCCUUCAAGACUUCCGACUACCCGGUGAUUCUCAGCUUCGAGAACCACUGCAAUCCUCGCCAGCAAGCCAAGAUAGCGAACUACUGCAGGGACAUAUUCGGAGACAAGUUGCUGGAUAAGCCGCUGGACUCGCACCAACUCGAGGCUGGAGGAGAACUGCCACCACCGUCGCUGUUAAAGAAUAAGAUAAUAAUAAAGAACAAGAAGAAACAUCACCAUCACCAUAAAAAGGAGGAGAGUGUUGUAGUCGAAGAGAGCGACACGCAGGUGCCUCAGGGAAAUGGCGAGGUGGCGCACGGAUUGCUUGUACGUCAGAACUCUAAAGAGUCCAUCGAAUCCUCGGAGAGUGAAAGCUCAAGCGAGGAGGAGGGAGCGGGGGGAGCUGGAGACGUGGGCGGUACUGCGGAGGAGGCACGCGAGAGCCACGCUGCAGCCGAGAUCUCUGCUCUCGUCAACUACGUUCAGCCAGUUCAUUUUACGUCUUUCGAAAACGCUGAGAAGAAGAACCGCUUCUACGAAAUGUCGUCCUUUGAUGAGAAACAAGCCACCACCUUGCUGAAAGAGCGUCCUAUUGAGUUCGUGAACUACAAUAAGCACCAACUCUCGAGAGUGUAUCCGGCGGGUACUAGAUUCGAUUCCUCGAAUUUUAUGCCUCAGGUGUUUUGGAACGCGGGAUGUCAGCUGGUGGCUCUGAACUACCAGACCUUGGACUUGGCGAUGCAGCUUAAUCUAGGCACCUUUGAGUACAAUAGGCGGUGUGGUUUCUUGCUGAAACCGGAAUUUAUGAGAAGGAAGGAUAGGCGGUUAGAUCCGUUCGCGGAGAGCACAGUGGACGGCAUUAUAGCGGGUUCGUUGUCCGUCAGUGUCGUAUCCGGCCAGCUGUUGACGGACAAGCGUUGCGGGACUUAUGUGGAGGUGGAUAUGUUCGGGCUACCGGCUGACACCGUUCGCAAGAAAUUCCGGACUCGAGUGGUGCCCAACAACGGCAUCAAUCCAGUGUACGGGGACGAGCCGUUUGUUUUCAAAAAGGUUGUCCUACCAGAACUGGCGAUGUUGCGUAUAUCCGCGCACGAGGAGAGCGGCCGUCUCCUGGGCCACCGCGUGCUGCCCGUACCGGGGCUUUGCCCCGGCUACCGCCACGUGGGACUUCGCACGGAGCUGGGCCAGCCCACGGGCGCGGCUCUCCUUCUGCACGUGCAAGUCAAGGUGAACGUGCGACCUCACUAUGAUUACGUACCAGACCGGCUGUCGGAGUUAGCUGAGGCUUUGGCGAACCCAAUAAAAUACCAGAGCGACAUGGAGAAACGAGCUCAUCAACUCGCCGUGUUGACAGAUGAGACUGACGAGCCGCCUUUAGACCAGACUAUAAAGAGACCGCCAUCUGCCGUCCCCACUCCCAGGCCAGAUAGUGGAAGCGAGGUCAGCCCCAAGAAACCGAACAGCGUCGAAGUGAAACCUAACGACGUUGAACCACAGUUACCCGACAGUGAAAAGCCACCAGAUAAGGAAGAACCUCUGAACAAAUGGAACGGAAGCAGCACAGAAGCCAAUGUCGAAGAGACCCUCAGAACUCUGCUCGAGAGCAAGGUCGUACGUGAAAAGAGAGCGGAACUCGGCCGUAAAUUGGACGCGCUGAGAAAGAAACAGACCCGAGCCAAGCCGGGUCCUACCAAGUUCUUUGCUAAGAGAAUAUCUAUAAAAAAUAUCAAAAAUGGUGCAGGUGCCGUUCGAUCAUUAUUUGCAACGCGUAGUAAAUACAUGUUUCCUGUCAGGAGCGAACAGAGCGUCACCUCUGAGGAGGGCGGCAGCGCCUUCGAAGGGGUCGUCGGCGGCGCGGAGGGGGAGAGGAACCUUCGGCUGCAGUUCCAUCAUUCGAUCUUCGCCGCUCUCGAAAAGUUGCUGCGCAACGAACAACAUCAGCAAAUGAAGGAGCUCACUGAGAGUCUUGAGGUUAAGAAAAAAGAAGUUCUAAAUCGUCUAGCGAUCUCUCGGAAGGAGGACGUCAAGGCAUUAGCGAAGACAAACCGCGAUAAAGAUGAGAUAGUGAGACGUAAGAGGGAAAUACAUACUGAGUCUGUGAAACGCGGCGUAGCUGAGUGCUCUAAACUGGAACUGGAGCACACGCGACUCUGUCAACAGCUGGCGCACCAUCACGAGAAACUGCGCACUGCCUUGCAGAAGUACCGCGAACAGGAGCUACUAGAAUUGGAGCGAUUGUGUGGAGGAGUGCCCGAAGGCUAA